AAUCCUACGGAAACUGCUCUGGGCCAAAAAUAGUGAAUUCAGAGUUUGUGGCUCUAGACAGGCAAGGAAUGGACGCUGCGUCAGCGCCGACGUGGAACGCGCAGGCUCUAGGGAAGAUUUGAGCGCCUGAGCCGCAGGCUGUUCACUCUUGCAGCAUGGAGGACGAUGCGCCGGUCAUCUACGGCUUAGAGUUCCAGGCACGGGCUCUCACACCUCAGACUGCAGAAACAGAUGCCAUCCGGUUUUUGGUUGGGACACAGUCUCUUAAAUAUGAUAAUCAGAUCCACAUCAUAGAUUUUGACGAUGAAAACAACAUUAUAAAUAAGAACGUCCUCCUCCACCAAGCGGGUGAAAUCUGGCACAUUAGCGCCAGCCCCUCGGACAAAGGGGUGUUGGCGACCUGCUACAAUAAAACUCCUGACAGCCGAGUCCUGGCAUGUGCAGCCGUGUGGAGGAUGCCCGAGGAGCUGGAGUCCGGAGGCCACGAGUCCCCCGAUGAGUCUGCCAGCACAGCGCAGACCCUGGAACUGCUGUGUUACCUUGGGAGUCCAGCACCUGGCAACGUGGCCUGCGUCAUGUGGGAGCCGAUGGGAGAUGGGAAGAAAGUCAUUUCUCUGGCCGAUAACCACAUUCUGCUCUGGGACCUCCAGGAAAGCUCCAGCCAGGCCGUGCUGGCCGGCUCUGCGUCCCUGGAAGGCAAGGGACAGCUGAGGUUCACCUCGGGACGCUGGAGCCCACAUCACAACUGCACCCAGGUGGCCACUGCCAAUGACACCACGCUCCGCGGCUGGGACACGCGCAGCAUGAGCCAGAUCUACUGUAUCGAGAACGCCCAUGGACAGCUGGUGCGUGACCUCGACUUCAAUCCCAACAAGCAGUACUAUUUAGCGAGCUGCGGGGAUGACUGCAAGGUGAAGUUCUGGGACACCCGGAAUGUCACGGAGCCCGUCAAGGCCCUGGAGGAGCACUCCCACUGGGUGUGGAGCGUCCGCUACAACCACUCCCACGACCAGCUGGUGCUCACCGGCAGCAGCGACAGCAGGGUCAUCCUGUCCAACAUGGUGUCCAUCUCCUCGGAGCCCUUCGGCCACCUGGUGGACGACGACGAUGCCAGCGACCCGGAGGAGCACCACGCAGAGGGGAAGAGUGAGGAGCCGCUGCAGGACAGUGUCAUCGCCACCUAUGAGGAGCACGAGGACAGCGUGUACGCCGUGGACUGGUCCUCGGCUGACCCGUGGCUGUUUGCGUCCCUGAGUUAUGACGGGAGGCUGGUCAUCAACAGGGUCCCCAGGGCGCUCAAGUACCACAUCCUGCUCUAGCUUUCUCCGUGGCAUCCUGUCUACCCUGGCAGAGCUGCAGAGCUACAGCCACAGCAGCGACUCCUUGGCAGAUCUGUCCCACUCCCGAGAGCUGACAGCAGCCCUGUGGGUGACUUGGACCAGCUUCUGCCCACAGCCACUGCUCGCUGUCUGCUCUGCCUCACUUUCCCCCUGCCAUGUUAACUCGUCUUUCUCCUGAGAGUACAAAGGAAAUAAAGUGAGCAGA